AUGGAGGUCUGCCGCCGCCUCCUCAGAAAAAAUGGCUGCAGCAGCGGCCUGCUUGUCUUGUGUGACGGCCGCAAAUUUGGAAGCACCAGCUGCUGCAGUUGCAGCAGCAGCAGCAGCAGCAGCAGCAGCGGCCAAGGCGCUCAGGGGACACCCACAGAUGCAGAAGCAGCAGAAAGCAAAACAGCAAGUUCAGCACCAAGUGCAGCAACGAGCGCAGCAGCAAGUGCAGCACCAAGCGCAGCACCAAGUGCAGCAGCAAGUACAGCAACAAGUGCUGCAGCACAUAGAAGCCCUGGAAAGGGGAGGCUGGCAAGGAAGAAAGAAAGGAGAAGAAAGGAGGCCCAAGAAGUUCCUUUAAUCUCCUUUCUAACGAGUAGCAGCAGCGGCAACAGGAACACUACGAGCAGCAGCAGCAGCAGCAACGCAACUAGCAGCACGAGCAGCAGCAGCAGCUGCUGCAACAAGAGUGGAAAUGACAAAUGCAUGCAACGGCGCCCUGUGUCGGAAGAACCAGAAACAACAACUAGGGCAACGCCGUUGGAAGCAGCAAUGACAGCAGCAGGGGUAGCAGCAACUCCAGCUGCAGCAGGUAUAGCAGCAGCGGCAGUGGCAGGUGGCGAUAACAGCAGGCACAAUAGCAGCAGCAGCAGCAGCUGCAGCCAAAGCAGCAGUAGCAAAGACGGCGGAAAUAGCUGCAGGGCAUCUACAAGCAGCAGGAAUGUGGGCGAAAUCGCGGGUCCUCCAUUAAGCAGCAGCAGCAGCAGCAGCAGCAAAAGCGAAGCUAGAGCAAGUGCGCAGUUUGACAGAGUGCUGCUCGAUGUCCAGUGCACGCACGACGCGAGCAUUAGACACCUGUCCAGAUUUCGCGAAGCAAUCAAACAGCGGCAGCAGCAGCAGCAACAGCAGCAGCAGCAGCAACAACAACAGCAGCAGCAGCAGCUGCAGAGAGAGUUCACUUCGCCAGAUUUGCCAGUGCGCGAAGAGCCCGCUGACUCUUCUUCGCAGCUCACUGAACUGGAAGAGCUGCUGCUGCUGCAGAGGGAGCUGCUGCUUCGCGCCUACGAAUUGCUGGCUCCCGGGGGCCUCUUGGUGUACAGUAGCUGCAGCAAUGACGAGCAGCAAAACGAAGGGGCUGUGCUGCACCUGCUGCAGCAGCAGCCAGCUGUCCUGUACCCACUCCCCUGCAAAGGUCUCCUCUACCCUCACCCAAACUCAAACACCAGCAGCAGGGAAACCCUUAUGGGGGCCCCUGUGGAGGACCCCGUGGAGGCCCCUGUGGAGGCCCCUGUGGGGGCCCCUGUGGAGGCCCCUGUCGCAGCUACCAAAGAGCUCGUGGGGGGCCCCCAAGGGCCCCCUGCGAGGAGCCUCCAGGGGGGCCCCCAUGAGAGCAAUUUGUCCAAAAGCAAUCCUUUGUGGGUCUCAUGGGGCCCCCAAGCAGCCACGGCUGAAGCGGAGGCCUCUGGGGCCUCCUUGUCUACAGGUCUGCAAGACUCCGACAGCUGCAGGGGCCCCCCGCCCGCGGCUGGGGUCACCUCGGGGGCCCGCCCCCCCAAUAGCUUGGCUGUUCAUCCCCUGCUGUGCCCUGUUAUGGGGGGCCCAUGCAGAGGGUUUGCUGACGCGUAUUCGUUUCUAGAGAGCCAUGCAGUAUGGCCUGCGAGGCCUUCGCGCUUGGAAAAGAUGAGGGAGCUGCCAAGGCACGAAAGCUGCUGGGCGAAGCCAGAUAGCAUCGGCAGCAGGAGCAACAGCAGCAGCAACAGCAACAGCAGCAGCACCAGCAGCGAGAGCAGAAGCAGCGGGGAGCUCAAACCCAGUAGUUGCUACUUUCCGGGGGAGAAGGGGCAGACCAGCGGCAUAUUUCUGUGCUGCAUCUCGAGGCCUCAACCUGAAUCCUAA